AUGGUCAAGGAAAAUAACCUUGUCCGAGUCCUGCGUGCCUGCGAGACCAUGGGUAAUGCCACUGUUAUUUGUUCCGACAAGACCGGAACACUCACACAGAACAAAAUGACUGUCGUCGCUGGUUCAUGGGGCUCAGUUCUCAACUUCACCCAGUCCUCUGAAACUCGUGAUGGUGAAACCUCCAUGACUACCGCCGAGGCCUUCAAACAAUGCUCUGCUCCUGUCCGAGACCUCAUUGUCAAGAGUGUUGCCUUGAACUCCACUGCCUUCGAAGAAGACAAGGAUGGUCAGCGGGGAUUUGUUGGAAGCAAGACGGAAGUUGCUCUUCUUCAAAUGGCCCAGGAUCAUCUGGGCAUGGAUCUCGUCGCUGAGCGUGGAUCUGCUGAUAUUGUUCAGCUCAUUCCGUUUGACUCGGCCCGCAAGUGUAUGGGUGUUGUGUACCGUCACGCCGGUGUUGGGUAUCGACUGCUCGUCAAAGGAGCAUCCGAAUUGAUGGUCGAUGCCUGCUCGAUGCAAAUCACUGAGAUUGACAUGUCCAAGGAUAAAGUAAACACCGAGCCACUGUCGGAAACAGGACAGCAGAAGAUCCUGGAUACAAUCGAUCGCUAUGCUCAGGGUUCUCUCCGAACGAUUGGAAUCGUCUACAAAGAUUUUGAUUCUUGGCCACCCAAGGGUGGCAAGAAACACGACGAUGAGAGUUCAGCCGAAUUUGGAGAUUUCUUCAAGGGAAUGACAUGGGUAGGCGUUGUCGGAAUUCAAGAUCCCCUUCGCCCUGAGGUUCCCCCAGCCAUUGAGAAGUGCCGUAUGGCCGGUGUUCAAGUCAAGAUGGUGACUGGUGACAACGUCGCUACUGCUACUGCUAUUGCUUCUUCUUGCGGAAUUAAGACCGAAGAUGGACUUGUCAUGGAGGGACCCAAGUUCCGACAGCUAUCCGAUGAAGAAAUGGAUGAGGUCGUCCCACGUCUUCAGGUCCUGGCACGAUCCUCGCCCGAGGACAAGCGUAUUCUGGUUGAACGGCUCAAGCUUCUCGGUGAGACCGUUGCUGUGACAGGCGACGGCACGAAUGACGGUCCUGCUCUGCGAACUGCCGAUGUUGGCUUUUCCAUGGGUAUCGCUGGCACUGAGGUUGCCAAGGAAGCUAGUUCGAUUAUUCUCUUGGAUGACAACUUCAAGUCUAUCGUGACUGCAAUUUCUUGGGGUCGAGCUGUUAAUGAUGCCGUUGCAAAGUUCUUGCAAUUCCAGAUCACUGUUAACAUCACCGCUGUGGUUUUGACCUUCGUCUCGUCUGUGUACAGCAGCUCGAACAGCAGUGUUUUGAACGCGGUGCAGCUUCUUUGGGUCAACUUGAUCAUGGAUACCUUUGCUGCUCUGGCUCUAGCCACCGACGCCCCUACCGAAAAGAUCCUGGAUCGCAAGCCCGUGCCAAAGAGCGCCUCGCUUUUCACACUGACAAUGUGGAAAAUGAUCCUCGGCCAAGCCAUUUACCAGCUCGCCGUGACAUUCAUGCUCUACUUCGCCGGCGACAAAAUUCUCGGCGCCCACCUCGACGACACCGACCUCGACCACCGCUCCAAACAACUCUCCACCGUGGUCUUCAACACAUUCGUCUGGAUGCAAAUCUUCAACGAAUUCAACAACCGCCGUCUCGACAACAAAUUCAAUAUCUUCGAAGGUAUGCUCCGCAAUUACUGGUUCCUCAGCAUUAACGCCGUCAUGGUCGGCGGCCAAGUCAUGAUCGUGUACGUGGGUGGCCAAGCCUUCGGCGUGACCCGGCUCAGCGGUAUCCUUUGGGCUGUGUGUAUCAUCUGCGCAUUGGGAUGUCUACCCUGGGCUGUUGUUCUGCGCACGAUCCCCGAUCGCCACUUUGGUGUUGUGUUUAAUGCUGUUGUAGGUGGUAUGAAUGCUGUUUUGCGUCCGGUGGUGAAGGGCUUUAAUGCCCUUGCCCGUGGGUUGAAGGCUUUAUUUCAGCCACUUGUGCGGUUUACCCGACGACUGUUUUCUCGUCGAGAGAACAAGACUGGGGACUCGGAUGAGUCUUCUAUUGAAAUUCCAUCGACUACUCAAACUGUCGAUGAGGAAGCUCCUGCUUCCACUCUUACUCCUGCUCCGCCAAAGGUCAUUCGGGAGGACGAUCCUGAACGCCCUCGGACACCACCUGCGAUUGCGGUUCCCCCAAUCCUUGUUACAAGCUCACCAUAA